AUGGCUUCAUUCAAAGUUGCUCUCCUUUUGGUCGCCUUGAUUUACGGUGUUCAAUCCCGAACCAUCACAAUCUAUAACAAAUGUCCAAUGACAAUUUGGCCAGGAAUCCUUGGCCCCGGAAAUCCAUCAGGCGGUGGUUUCCGAUUGGAUUCCGGACAAUCGAGAAACAUCGAUGUUGAUGAUGCAUGGACUGCUGGAAGAGUUUGGGCUAGAACCGGAUGCGAUUCGAAUUUCAAUUGUGAGACUGGUUUCUGUAGAAAUAGUGAACAAUGUAAUGGAGCUGGAGGUGUUCCACCAGCAUCGCUGGCUGAAUUCACUUUGAAAGCUUGGGGAGGACAAGAUUUUUAUGAUGUUUCGUUGGUUGAUGGAUACAAUCUUCCAGUUUUAAUUGAUCCACAUGGUGGAAAUGGUAGGAAUAUUUUUGUAAAAAAACAUCACAAAAAACAAAUUAGGCGAGAAAGUUCGCUCUAUCGCACAAAUUUUUCAUUUGUGUGUACUUCUCUCGGAGUACACACCCAAACAUUUAUCGAUUUCAGGUUGCUCUCGCUCCGGUGGUUGCAACAAAGACAUCAACUCUGAAUGCCCAGCUGCUCUUUCAGUCAAAGGAGCUUCAGGAAACACAGUUGCCUGCAAAUCGGGAUGCCUCGGAUACAACACUGAUCAAGAAUGUUGCCGUGGUGCUUAUGGAACUCCAGACAAAUGCCAUCGAAGUGCAACCGCUCAAAUGUUCAAAGAUGCUUGUCCAACCGCUUAUUCUUAUGCUUACGAUGAUGGUUCAUCAACGUUCACAUGUCAAGCAACCGCUUCGUACACCGUGCAAUUCUGUUAA